UUCUAUGCGACUUGCUUACCACUUAAACCCAAAUUAACUUUUGUUCAAGCCAUUUCACACUAUGUCCUCCACCAGGCUUCUCUUCAUCGCAGGGCUGCUUGCGGUGUCCUGCUUGCCUACUGUUCAUGCAGCAUCUGAUGUGCAUGAGGUUGACAAUGAGCCAAAUGAGAACCCUUAUCUUAACCUCGGAGCUAAAACUCCGCUGGUAGAAGGAGAUAUGGCCAUACCAUUUGGCCGUAAUGCUCUCCUAGACACAGCAUACAGAUGGAAAUUCCCAAUCCCUUACAUCCUAUCCGAUGAACUUGAACUGAAUGCCAAAGGCUGCAUCUUUCAGGCUUUUGAGAUGUAUCGGCUCAAAUCCUGUAUCGACUUCAAGCCUUACGAAGGAGAAAGAAGCUACAUUAGAUUUGUGAAAAGAGAUGGCUGUUGGUCUAUGGUGGGUGACCAGCAGGAGGGUCAGCUGCUCUCCCUGGGUCCACGUUGUGACCACAAGGCUAUAAUUGAACAUGAGAUGCUGCAUGCGUUAGGUUUCUACCAUGAGCAGUCCCGCCAGGACCGAGACGACUACGUCAAGAUCCAUCUCGACCAAGUGAUUGACGGAUUGCAGCAUAACUUCAACAAGUACAAUGAAAGCUACAUCACUGAUCAGAACACGGCGUAUGACUAUGAGUCCGUCAUGCACUAUCGCCCCUUUGCCUUCAACAAGGACCCCGCCAUCCCGACCAUCACCACCAAGAUCCCAGAGUUCUACAACAUCAUCGGACAGUACCUGGACUUCAGUGCGCUGGAUGUGCUACGGAUGAACAGGAUGUAUAACUGCUCCUCCUCCCUGACCCUGCUGGACCAGUGCUCUUUCGAGGUCACCAACAUCUGUGGGAUGAUCCAGAGCUCCACGGACGAUGCCGACUGGAUCCACACCCAGAGCAGCCCAGGCUUUGCGGACCACACUCUUUCUGGACAAUGCAGAGAUGCUGGAUACUUCAUGCAUGUGAACACCUCCACUGGGAAGGCAGAGGAAUCUGCUCUGCUACAGUCCCGUAUCCUGUACCCCAAGAGAAAGCAGCAGUGUGCGCAGUUCUUCUACAAGAUGACCGGCAGUGUGAAGGACAGGCUGGUGUUCUGGCUUAAAAUGGAUGACGGUACAGGAACGGUGCGCAAGAUGAAGAAAGUGGGCACAUUUUUGGCUGAUGAUGACCAUACCUGGAAAAUUGCGCACAUCCCUCUGGAAGUUGGUGUCAAGUUCCGCUAUGCCUUCCAAGCUGUGCGUGGCGACCCGGCACAAGGGGGUGGCAUCUUCAUUGACGACAUCACCCUGACAGAGACACGUUGCCCCGCAGGAGUAUGGCGCAUCCAGAACUUCUCUCAAAUCAUGGCGACGGCUGACAGCACCACGGUCCUGGACAGUGCCCGCUUCUACAGCCCCGAGGGCUACGCGUACGGUGUCCGCGUCAAACCUCUGUCAGGAUACUCGGACUACACCGGCAACUACACAGGUCUCUACUUCCACCUGCUCAGUGGGGACGAUGACGUGGUGAUGCAGUGGCCUGCCAUCAACCGCCAGGCCACCCUAGUAGUGAUGGAUCAGGACCCUGACGUGAAGCUGCGCAUGUCCACUGCACGUAGUCUCACCACCAACAUGGACAACACACCUGAUGGCAAACUCUGGUGGGACCGCCCAUCCAAGGUCGGAACCUGGGACCCAGCAAACCAGUGGUAUCGCAGUGAAUCAAAGGGUUGGCAAAACUUUGUGAAACACUUUGACCUGCACCGACGGAACUACCUGAAAAACGAUGACCUCAUUAUCUUUGUGGACUUUGAAGAUCUAUCACCUCUGAUUAAAACAGAAGUACCUGUUGUACCAAAUGAAUAAUGUUAUAGGAUGCAGUGCUGAAGAGCCAAGCAGCUGAACUGGGAUGUUAAGACAGAGAAAUGACUUUCUUUGGUCUCAUUAUGAAUUACAAAAACCAUCCUGUUUUUUUAUGAUGUCCAUUAAUGUUGACUCCAUGAAUGCUUUUUGGAAAU